ACAGAAAAAUCAGGAAUAUCAUAAUAAAAUAAGCUUUUAAUUAAAUGUUUUAUUUUUUUUUUUAACUAAAAAAAUCCACGAACGCUUCCUCAUCUUCAAAUCCUAGCAAAGCUGCAGACUGUAAGAGAAGAACAGUGAGCUGAUAAGCCUGUAGAAGAUGAAAUCCCCACCACUCUUCUUUUUCCUCCCCUCUCUCUUCUUCGUCUUCCUCCUUUUGGUUCCAGUUCGCUCCACCAGCUCCAUCGUAUUCACCACUCUCGGCCGCAGCCUCUACGGCUUCGACAUCUUCUCCACCCCUACAUCCCCAUCCACACACCAAACCGAGCUCCAGCUCACCGAUGGCAUCUCCGUCAACUACAACGGCUUCUUCCCCUCGUCUCCUUCUUCCGUCCUCUCCCUUAUCAACCACUCUUCUUCUUCCUCUCAUACAGAUCAACUUGACGCCCUCGUCUAUGUCACCGAACGCUCCGGCUACUCCACCAUCUACCUAGACCUUUACUCCUCAUCGUACUCUCCAUCCAAUCGACGCGCAACCCUAGAGCUCCCCACCCGCCUCCACUUCUCUCUUCUGUCCCCAGCCGACGGCCGACCUUCUGUUUCCAUGAAGGACCGUCCAUCCCUUUCCGGCGAUCGCCUGGUUUUCGUUUCCACCCACCAGCCCUCUCAGUCUCCGAGGCAGAGUUGGGCCGCGGUGUACUCCACUCACCUGCCCAGCGGCUCCACCAUCCGCCUCACCCCCCAUGGUAUCGCCGAUUACAGCCCCGCCGUCUCUCCCUCCGGUCAAUGGACGGCGCUCCUCCCUCCGCGCGGAUGGACUGGGGAGGUACAGGAGCUCAACACCGACAUCUACAUAUUCAAGACUAUUGAUGGAUCGGCACGAACUUUGGUAAUCGAGCAUGGCGGAUGGCCUUGUUGGGCCGAUGACUCCACUAUCUAUUUCCAUCGUCGGAGCUCGGAUGGAUGGUGGAGUGUUUACAGAGCAGCUAUUAGCACUCAUGGAAACGCCCCUUUGCUAAUCUCUCUUGACAGGAUCACCCCUCCCGGUUUCCAUGCCUUCACUCCGGCGGUAAGCGCUGCUGCUCCAGAGCUCAUAGCGGUGGCGACGAGAAGAUCCAGCUCCCAGUUCCGGCAUAUUGAGCUACUAGAUCUAAGAGACGGAAAGAACGAUUAUGUUGAGGUGACUCGGGUAAUUUCCCCUAAAACUCACCAUUUCAACCCCUUCUUCUCCCCGGAUGCUAGCAGGAUUGGCUAUCAUAGAUGCCGGGGAAGCAGGAAUAGCGGAAACCCUCCUUUGCUUCUGGAGAGCAUCACUAGCUUAUCGCCGGAGAAAUUUUCACUAUUCAGAAUUGAUGGGUCUUUUCCUUCCUUCUCACCUGAUGGUCGGCAGAUCGCCUAUGUCAAUCUGCCUGGUUUGUAUGUAGUUAAUUCUGAUGGUUCUAAUCCACGAGAGCUUUAUAAUGGCAAUGCUUUUGGUACUGCUUGGGAUUGGAAAAGAAAAGGUGUUAUAUACACCAGCGAUGGUCCUGACUUUGCUGUUGAAAGUGCUGAAGUUGAUGUCAUUUCAAUUACUCUGAGUGAAGAUGAUGACAGAGCUGAGCCUUAUAUCAAAAAACUAACUACAGGAGGGAAGAACAAUGCUUUCCCUUCUCCAUCACCUGAUGGCAAGUGGGUGGUGUUUCGUUCCGGCCGAUCAGGUCACAAGAAUCUGUAUGUAAUGGAUGCUGUUGAAGGAGAAAGUGAAGGAAUUUAUCAGCUCACAGAAGGGUCUUGGAGUGACACCAUGUGUAAUUGGUCUCCUGAUGGAGAAUGGAUUGCCUUUGCUUCUGAUAGACAUAACCCUGGAGGUGGGAGCUUCUCCAUCUACAUGAUUCACCCAAAUGGAACUGGACUGAGGAGAGUUGUGCACAGCGGGGAUGGAGGGAGGACAAACCAUCCUUGGUUUAGCCCAGACUCUGCAAGUUUGGUGUUCACAUCAGACUAUGCUGGGGUCUCAGCGGAACCUAUCUCGAAUCCUCACCAUUACCAACCUUACGGAGAAAUUUUCACAGUGAAGAUUGAUGGAUCUGACAUAAAGCGCCUCACACACAACUCUUUUGAGGAUGGUACCCCGACAUGGUCCCCGUUCUUCCUGGAGCCGUCUGAUGUUGCUGAAACUUUGCGAGGUGUUGCUCAUUGCCGCUUUGAUGACUGUCACUGGCUCAGCGUGCCGGGCCGGAUCAAUAAUGUCUUGACUGGAACCGGAUGUUAAGUUAUGAAGCUCGAACAAGUCUUAUGCAGAGUUUUGGCCAUGGUUGCAUGCGUGUAGAGUCUUUGGGGGUAUCUAUGUAAAGAGUUUAGCUACGUUCUGUGUAUAUAUAGUUCCUGAUAGGUGAUCUAUGAAGGACGGACUAGGUAAGCGUUGUUCUGUUGCAGGAAAAUAAGAUGUAAUAAUUGUUGUUUUCUAUUUAUCCCUGAUCUACUUACAUGA